GGGUAAUGCGAUUUCUUAAGCGGCAGUCAUGGCGGAUAAGCAUCCAUGUCCGAACCAAAUACCUAGAUCUCAUAUUGAAAACUUCUAGAAGUUUCCAAUCAUGGAAUUGGAAAUCUUCUCCAUUAUCACUCAAGAUUAAACUCGCUCUUAAACUCUGCCCUAAGAAAUCGUGUCUCUCCAUUCUCCGCAACUUCACUUUCCGUCAUUCAUCCAAAAAAUGCCUCGAUUUCACCCGCAUUAGCAAUUCGAUUACAACAUUUGCUCAAAAGGAACGCAUAUGGGUUGGUUUGAUUUUGAUUGGAUUGUUGAGUUUGAUGUUUGAAUCGAACUCUUACUUGAUUGUGAUAUUUAGAUUCAUGGUUUAUUUAUACUCUGUUUUCGUCUUCAAGAAGUAUAUUUCAGCAAGAACAUGGAAUGGUUUGGUUGUUUAUUCGAUAAUGGGUGUAUUUAGUUGGAUCAUUCUUGUUUAUUUGAGCAAAUGGAAAUCAUUAUUGAAUCCAAUUCAGAUGAUGUUGAUUGAGUUUAUUCGGAAUUCUUUGAAGGAGACAUUGAAUCUAUUGUUUGAUAGGUUUAAGUUAUCUUAUUUGUUGUAAGGAUAUGUAUAAAGGAUUGUUGUAAUUGUUACAACUUAAUUGUCUCGAAAUUCUUGAUAGCAAUGAAAUUUCCUACCGAAGAAAGGAAAUUCUUGAGCAAAUAUCGUCGGAUGAAAAAGUGAAUGUUGUUUACGUGUCUAUU